GGUAACUAUAAUGAGCUUAGCGCUACUUUCUGCACUUCAGUUCGCUGUGUCUGGAAAAAUUAUCCCGAAUUCUUGCUCAGAAAGAAACCGGAAAGAUCAGAUAUGUCCGGCAUGGAGAGAUUGCAGCGAAUGUUCGCCGGUGCAGGCGGUGCUUUGGGGCACCCGCCGCCGGACUCUCCCACCCUCGAUUCGUCCGAGCAGGUCUAUAUCUCUUCCCUCGCCCUCCUCAAAAUGCUCAAGCACGGUAGAGCUGGUGUUCCCAUGGAGGUGAUGGGCUUGAUGCUGGGAGAGUUUGUGGAUGAGUACACUGUUCGUGUUGUGGAUGUCUUUGCAAUGCCACAGAGCGGUACUGGGGUUAGCGUUGAGGCCGUUGAUCACGUCUUCCAGACUAACAUGCUUGAUAUGCUUAAACAGACCGGACGGCCCGAGAUGGUUGUUGGGUGGUACCAUUCGCAUCCUGGAUUUGGAUGUUGGCUCUCUGGAGUCGACAUUAAUACACAGCAGAGUUUUGAAGCUUUAAAUCAACGAGCUGUGGCUGUGGUUGUGGAUCCAAUUCAGAGUGUGAAAGGGAAAGUAGUGAUUGAUGCAUUUCGUCUGAUUAACCCACAAACUAUGAUGCUUGGCCAAGAGCCACGGCAGACAACAUCCAACCUUGGGCAUCUUAACAAACCAUCCAUUCAAGCAUUGAUCCAUGGGUUGAAUCGGCAUUAUUACUCAAUAGCAAUUAAUUACAGGAAGAACGAACUUGAGGAGAAGAUGUUGCUUAACCUUCACAAGAAGAAAUGGACUGAUGGCUUAACACUUAAGCGAUUUGACACCCAUUCUAAAACUAAUGAGCAGACUGUUCAGGAGAUGCUAAACUUAGCUAUUAAAUACAACAAGGCAGUGCAGGAGGAAGAUGAGCUGCCACCAGAAAAGCUUGCAAUAGCAAAUGUGGGAAGGCAGGAUGCAAAGAAGCACCUUGAAGAACAUGUCUCAAACUUGAUGUCGUCAAAUAUAAUUCAAACUCUGGGAACUAUGCUUGAUACAGUUGUGUUCUAGAGUCCAGUGUUUCAAAUCCAAGCCUUCAUUAUCCUCUAGGAGGCGAUUAGGAAAAUCUUUCUUGAAAUGGGAGAUGAAAAGAGGUCCUUCAAUGGAGAAGCUGAGGCCAUUUCAGAAUAUGUGUUGUUUUGAUUUAAUUGCUAUUGUGGAUUAGUUGGUAGUAAUGGAAUUUGUAGCUUGUAAUACUCUUUCUUGGCAUGGGUUUUAUAUUCUAGCCCCGUGUUUGCCACUGAAUGCCUACACAUGAUAUUUUUGUGAUUGGUAAGUAAAUGUAAUGGUUGGAGACUCCAGAUUAGAUUUUGAUGCUUGCUAGUUGUUAGCUGUUGCACUUUAUUUUUUGUCUGACCAUGAUUUGUUGUUCAGUCAAAAGAAAGAAAAAUUUUGUU